AUGCCGCCCCUCCCAAUCGAAAUCCAACCCUAUUCCGCCUCUUGGCCCGCCUACUUCUCCCUAAUAUCCCACCAACUCCACACAUGCCUGAACACCACCUCCGUCCCCUACACCUCCAUAACGCACAUCGGAUCCACCAGCAUCCCCCACCUAGCCGCCAAACCCAACAUCGACAUCGCGAUCCUCGUCCCCUCCCUCCCUGCCGCCAUUCUUGCCCGCGAAGCCCUCAUCUGGGAACCCCCUGGGCCCGAACACUACCACGGUGGGCUGCGUGAAGAGUAUGCAGCGGUGAAGUGGGAACAGGUGGCGGUUGGGCAGAGGGAUGGGGUGGCGUAUGGGAGGGCGAAGAAUGCCGUUGUCGCGAAGAUUUUGAGGGUGGCGGGCUGGACGGAUGAGGAGGUCAGGAGGAAGGAGGCGCUGGAUGUAAGGGAGGAGGGGGUGAACUGGGAUGAUGAGCCGUUUACCUGA